AGUUGAUUACCUGCAUUAUAUGCUGUCGCUACCUAUCCCAGCGUGACAUGCACCUACUAUUACUUCAGUCAAACACUACUCAGCAACUGAUGAGAGGUACAUUUAUGAAAGAACAUAAAUAAAUCACACCCUUCAUUACCCACAGCUAUCAUCAAUCCUUUCAAUAACAACAACCAGGCAUGCACAUCAGCAACCACGCUCCAAAUACAUACCCUAAUGAACAGGAAAGAACACCCCAAGCCCAAACCCACCUACAGCAAACAAACCAACACCCAUACAUAAUAAAAAAGCACAAGCACCAGCACAAGCAAUACGCCGCACCCGCACAGCAAACAACUACCCCCCAAACCAAGCAAACGCCAUGCAUGCAUUUUCCACAGCCUCAUACCUCCCCUGGCGCCAACACGUCUAAGCAAUCUAGUACAUACUACCUAACUAACUUACUCCGUUUACCCGAAGUGGAUCAUCACGCUCUAAUUUAACUAAAGAACUACUAGUUAGGCCCCCAAUUUAUGUAACUACUCCGUAGUAGGUAGGUAAGCAGUAAGCACAGCACCGGUAAU